UAGAUGGACUCUCUUAACGUAAAAGCAAUACGCACUACGUAAUCGUGUAUAAACAGCAGCUUUUAACUUGAUGGUCAAAUGCAUUUGAUUCAACUUUUGUUUAUACUUGUCCAAUCUUGACCGGCACUUUUGCAUUAAGUUGAUAUCUAAAGUUACGCAACCCUCUAAUUGAGGUAUAUAUAAGCAAAGCGAUGAUUAUGUAAAGUCAGUAGUUAUGUAAAUUACGAUUGGGAUCGGUGCUUGCUUAUUAGUUUCUCAACACUUAUAUUGUUGGUGUUAAAAUUAAAGAGAUAUUUGGUAUAAAUUACAUAACCUUCUAUAUGAAAGUUUGUUUCUGUUGAUAUAGGAUAGGGAAUAUAGAAUAGAAUAGAAUAGAAAACUUGGCAAGUGUAUACAGAUUACACAUAUAAUUGAGGUUGUUUAAGCAAAACUGUUUACAUAGAUAGUGGUUUCAGAUAAACUACACUGUAUUACUGCGUUGUUCUAAAGUAAUGUUGCGUAUUUAAUGAAAUUUGACAUUUUAUCACAGAUAAGUCAUGCUGUGGAAUACUCUGUGUUUCACCGUUUUCUGUUUUCUUCACCAAGCUAUUGGACAAGCAGACAAGACUUGUCCUUCGGGUUACACUACGUUCACCGAUGGUAGCAAAUGCUACAAACUUGUAACUAAGAAUGAGAACUAUGAUGGGGCUGCGAGGGUUUGUGGGAAAGAUGGCGCACGAGUUGCAAUGCCGAAGAGCGACACAGCAACAAGUUUCAUGCUUGAUAUCGUGAAAAGAACCGUUCCCGAUAAGAGAGUUCUCAGCGGCCAAUUGCAAAUCGGUGCAAAGUACACCGAUGGGAAUUACAAAUGGGAAGGGGGGAAAGAAUUCACUUACACCAAUUGGAGGAAUUCACAACCCAGACAUGGAAAAAAUUGCGUAGCUAUGCUGGUAUCCAAUGGAAAAUGGAGAACCAAAACUUGCCGGAGAACGUCGGCGUUUUUCUGUCAAUACGGUUUAAAUUCAUGUGAGGAUGACCCUUGUCUUAACGGUGGAACUUGCAUUCCCCAAAACAAUGACUUCACGUGUGUUUGCCCACCCUCGGUGAAAGGAGAUCGUUGCGAAAUAGCUUCCGCGUGUUUGACUAAAAACAAAUGCAAAAACAACGGAACCUGCUACGAAAUUGAAGACGGUAAAACAGGAUGCAAAUGUAAACCUGAAUUUACUGGCAGGACAUGUAAUAAGCAGAAGAAACAUCAUUGUGGUGCCAAAGGCGACCCACAUUAUCACACGUUUGAUGGAACUAAAAUAGAUUUCAUGGGCACAUGUAACUAUGUGUUACUUAACACCACAUGUCCAAAGGUGGAACAUAUAUUCUUUGAGGUCGAAAACUCUGACAUGGGCAGACCUGGUAUUUCUUGGUUUCUGCAAGGCAAAGUUCAGUUUCAAGGCAUCACUGUUAACAUUGGUAGAGGUGGAACUUUUAAGGUGGAUGGAGAAAAAAUAAAUCUGCCCUAUGAGAAUCAGACAACAGGACUCCGUAUUUUCCCAAAAGGAUCAACAUUUCGAAUUGUCACUUCGUUCAAUCUUGAAAUUAAAUACAACGGACGUUACAAUAUUGAUAUUUAUCUACCUUGUGAAUAUCAAAAUUGCACAGAAGGUCUUUGUGGUGAUUUGAAUGGAGACCCUUCUGAUGACUUGAAGGGAUUAGAAGAACAUGAGUUUGGAAACUUGUGGUUGAUUGAGGGUGGCAAGCCUGGUUGUCAAGCGGGAAAAAAGCAAAACACUUGCCCAGCAACCUCGUAUGACACUGGUGAAUGUAAUUGUGACAUAUUAUCAGAGAAAAAUGAUUGUUUUGCUGAAUGCCAUAAAGUGCUUGAUCCUCAGAAGUUUAUCAAUGAUUGCAAUUUUGAUAUGUGUGCGUACAAUGGCACCCAACAAAGUUUGCCAGGAAUAUUGGAUACAUAUGCAGCUCAGUGUAGAUUGUUGGGUGCCAAAGUUUGUGACUGGAGGACCAAGUGUGGAUUUGGAUUGGUGUGCCCCACAAAUUCAAAAGCCACCACUUGUUUAAGUGAGUGUGAAAACAGUUGUAACAGCCCAAAUGCAGCUCAAGGAUGUAUCAAUGCAGCACCAUGUGUUGAAGGCUGCCAGUGUGACCCUGGGUUUGUUAAAGCUGGGACUGAGUGCGUUCCUCUUAGAGAUUGUGGAUGUCAGAGCAAUGGACGUUAUUAUAAGUCAGGGGAAUUCUUUUACAAGGUGGGAUGUACCGAGUUAUGUGAAUGCAUCAAACAAAACAUUUACUGUGAACCAGUUAGUUGUGCAGACACUGAACAAUGUACUGUUGAUUCAAAGGGAGUUCUUGGUUGUUCUCCCAAGCAGUUUUCCAGCUGCAAAGUUUGGGGUGAAGGUUUCUAUUCAACAUAUGACCAGUUGCCGACAUACGAGCAGUUUAGGUUUGCCGGUACUUGCAGAUACUGUUUAAGUCAAAGUGCUAACCUCGUGGUUAGCGACCCAAGGUGGUUUAAAAUUUCCAUUAGCCACUUGGUGGUAGAAGAAAGUGGAAGUCGUAUUGUGAUGCGAUCGGCAGAAGUUGAGUUUGGGGGACGUGUACCAAUGUCUGUGAGCUUCCAAUUUGAUGGAACAACUAAGGUUAACCAUCAAGUUGUUACUGGCUACACAUCUGCUAUGUGUGAAGUAAAACCUGAAGGAAAAUUCACCACACUGUAUAUAAAGCACAGUGGAGUAAUUGUGAAGUUUUACAAAGGAACUGUUAUGGUAACUGUGCCAUCCAGCUACAGUGGAGAGCUUGACUGUCUUUGUGCAAACUCAAAUGGAGAUUCAAGUGAUGACAUCACAAAUGCUAAUGGUGAUGUCAUAACUGAUAUCAAUGCAUUUGGAAUGAGGAACCAGAUUGGAACUUGCGAUGAUGCUACACCUCAACCUAAGCGAGAUUGUGCACAAGAAAGUCAAUUUGGUAGUAAUGAUAUGUGCGGAGUGAUCAGCGAGCCAGAAGGUUCAUUAUCAGCAUGCCAUGAUCAUAUACACCCUGAUGUCUUCGUGGGAAACUGUGUAUCGGAUGUUUGUGCGAGCAAUGGAAAUAACAAAGCUUUAGUUGAGGCAGUAGAUGAGUAUGCCACAGAAUGUCAGAAAACGAACCAACUAGAUUGUAACUGGCAUCAAAGCUUAACCACAGUAGUGUUUGAUUGCCCUGAGAAUAGUAAUUAUGAUGGGUGUGCUCCAGGGUGCCAGAACACUUGCCAAGACCCUUAUGCAACUGACAGUUGUGAUUUGCCAAUUACAUCUGGCUGCAAAUGUAACUUUGGUUAUGUACUUGAUGGAACUGAAUGCAUUUUACCUGAAAAAUGUGGCUGCACUCUUAAAGAUGGCUCUUAUGUCUCAUUGGGUACAACUAGAAUAACUCACCACUGUGAGCAAGAAUGCAAAUGUGAGAGGCCAAACGAAUAUGUUUGUACUGAUGACCCUUGUAAAGAUGGUUACGUAUGUGAAGAAAGGGAAAGUGGUUUAUCUCAGUGUAUUCCUGGCCCGGACUAUACUACUACACCUGCCCCAACUACUGCAAUACCUGAACCAGUUUCCUGUCAGUCAGCUAUGGUUGUUGACUUGGUGUUUGUGGUUGAUACAAGUUCCUCUGUUGGUGAGGACAACUUUGACUUGGUGAAAAAAUUCAUUUCUGAUACUAUUGACUUUUAUGACAUUGGGCCUGACACUAUGCAAGUUGGUAUGUGAGUACAGCAGGA